UCUGAGCUCACCUCUUCUUCCACUUCAGCAUCAGCUGCCUGCCCCAGUUUCUGAGCCAACAUGUUCAACUUCAACCUGAGGACCAGCAGUAGUGGAAGAAACUACAGUCCAGGGGUGCUGAUUGCCAACUGGAAUGAGGAUGUCUAUCUAGAAGAGGAUCUCCUGAAAGAUUUUAUAUUUAGAAGAGAAAGAGGAGAACUUCUAAUCCAGAGAUCCAAAAAACUUAAAGAAAACCUAUACAAAAAGGAGCAGCUUUCCAUUUCAAAAGAUGGAUUCCUUCACUUUGGAGACAGAGUUAUGCUGCUGAGUCCCGACAAGAAGCUGUCGCCUGUGGAGAAUCUACCUUGUGAAAGAGGAAAUCUCUCCCUGGCAGUUACUCCUGAUGAAAUGGCUGUCCAUGCGCUGGAUGCCCUCCCGUCUCCCUGUGGAGUGAGCACCAUCAAAGUAACUGACCCAAUGGGUCGGAACACAUUCCAGAUUUUAAGUACUGAGGGAGCAUCCAUGGGAGAACCUGUUAGAUUUGGGCAGAAUUUCGGCCUGGGUGCAACGGGAGGAUUUCAUGAUCGAAUGCUGUUUCUAGCAAGUGACCACAAAACAUUUCAGAACAUGGCAAAGAAGUCCCUCCUUCAAGCCACGUUCCUGACUGAUGAACUUUCUUACCUGGCUUCUUGGCAAGCUACUUACCUGGAUCCACAGCUGCGCCUCGAAUACGAAGGGUUCCCCGUGCCUGCAAACACUAAGAUUCUCAUCACUCACUGCCAUACCAAUCAAGCCUUAGCAGUUCCGAGGAACUUCUGGAUAAGGACCUAUUUUGGAAAGGAAUAUGAGGUUGUUUGUCACACCUACUUGGAUUCUCACAAAGCUGAAGAAGAUAAAAAUUACUGGAUUGUGGUUACAGGGAACCCCAGUGACAAAUCAACCACAAUUUUUGAUAGACCUCAGCCUUCUACAGGGGUGACUCGAGAGUCAAGCAGUGAAGUCCAAACAGAGACUUAACUGCUCAAGCUUCAAUUACCUCCCCCCCCACUUUUGUUAGUGCUUUGUUAAAAAUGAAAACAUGAAUGGAAGUCAGGAUUCUAAGGGAACUUCAUGCUGUCUUUAUUCUAAACACACACAGGAAGGUAUUUCUAAAUAUGUACAGAAGAAUAUCUCUAAACAAAAAAGAAAAUAUGUUUCAUCACAUUUCUCCACUCCGCAACACACUAGUAAACCAUAUUCAUAAGCUCUGAUGCUUUUAAAAACUAUGUGCGUUGAUCAUUGUUCUGGCCACUAGGUGGCAACAUCUUUUAAAAGGGAACCUCAGGCAACAUUAGGAGACAGGCACAAUUACAGUGUAAUCUAAGGGUAGAAUGAUAACAGGGGCAAAUGCACACUUCUGAAAUGUGCAUCUGCCAGUUAGGGUGGGUACAGGGGCCACCUUUUGCAGAGGAGAAUCUACAGGUGGAGGGAUUGAUACCCUGUUAUAUUUAUACCCUGUUAGCUGUUUAUACCCAGUGGGGACCCCCAAAGCAAGAACAUUGUUCUCCCCCUUCCAUUUAGUGAUCACAGCAACAGCUCUUAGGGAGGAGACAGUGAGUGGCCCAUGGUCAAGCAGGGAGCUCAUGUGGGAGACAAAA